GUAUUUAUAUCUUCCUAUAUAAUUGACUAUGUAAACCUUUAUUGUCCACUUAUUUUUUUUAUUACUUUAAGGCAAAUGGAUUAGUUGAGCGUAGCUAACUGAACUGUUCAAAAUCUUCUCCUUCGAACUCUGAGUGAUCGACAUGAAAACUGGGACAAAUGUUUGUACAGUAUCUUAUUUGCACUAAGGUAAGUAGGUCUAAUAUCCGGUUAAAUGUUAGUACUUGAGGAAAAUUCUAUAUGGUUAUUUGGUGUUUCAAUUCCAUUGUUUCUGUUUUAGAUCUACAGUCCAGGCCUCCACGAAGUUUUCACCAUUCAAGAUGCUGUACGGUCGUGAACCUGUUCUUCCUCUUGAUGUGGACCAUGAGUUAGCUGAUUGUACUUUGAAUCUAGACAAUCCUGAAUUUGAGGAGUCAGACUUCCAUGCAACACUCUCAAAGCUUGAAAUAUUACAGGAUGUUGUCUUCAAGAAAGCUGAGGCUAACACUGAACAAGUGCAGGCAGAACUGCAAGCUGAUUUUGCAAAGAGGCGAUAUAAACAAAAGAAUUUUAUUGUGGGCGACAAGGUGUUGCAUUACAAUCUUCACAGGGCUGACAGGAAAGGAGGUAAACAAACCAAUCCAUGGGAUGGUCCCUACGAAGUAGCUCAAGUUUGCGAGAAGGGGCUAUAUUCCCUCAUUCGUCCAUCAACAAAAGCCCCCUCAAGACUAAAGUAAAUGGAUGCUACUUAAAGCCUUUCUUUGAAAGACAAACAGAAACUUCAGCACUUGCAUCUCCAUCAUCAAGUGUUCAGAUUGUAGACGUUCCGAAAGAGGAGAUAACCUACAAGUUCUCGCCAUUGACAGUUGCAACACAACAAACUAUCUGCUCUCACUCUGGUGGACGUCUAAUAUUCAAGAAGUCAGGGCCAUGUGGGAAAAUAAACAAGAGCUUAAAAAACACUAGCAAACCUCUUAAUGUAAAAAUAAUUAAAGGUGAUGGAAACUGUCUCUUAAGUGCAUUAUCGUUUGCCAUAACAUGAGAUGAGGAUCAACAUACCGUUGUCAGGAGCAUGGUUUGUGAUUUCAUGGCCUGCAAUGAAGGGAACAAAGUGGAAUACACGUGUAAUGAUAAGGAUGGGGAACAACAACGGAGAUAUUGGCAGCUGCCAACGUGUUUAAUGUUAAUAUCUGUAUGUGGGCAAAGUUUGGGCCAGAACUAACUUGGCAUAUACACAGGCCAAAUGGUAAAGAAGAGGUAAAGGAGUCAAUGUAUUUAGAAAAUGAGUCUGGCGUCCAUUGUAAUGUAGUUAUCAGUGUGUAGGGCUAGUCUUGUAACAAGUUAUACAUUGUAUGGUAACAAGUUAUUGUUUGUAUGGUAAUUAAUGUUAAUAAAAUGUUUUCUCAAUUAGCAAA